AUGAAGCCUCAAAUCCUCCUGAUUUCUUCGUUCGUUUCCAUUGUCACUGCUAACUGGGCAAAAAACAUUAAUUACCGCUCACCUUCUGAGCACCACCCAGCACUUGGCAUUUCAAUUCACAAAGUCGUCAAGCGCAACAAUUUUCAGAGCCCCUGGGACCCGGCGAAAUUGAACUUUACCCAUGGUAUUGCUUCAGGCGACCCGUAUCCCAAUAGCGUUAUUUUAUGGACUCGAGUCGGGCCGUCCAGCGACAAUGAUAAAUCGAACGUGACAGUCUCCAACUAUGCACCAAUGUACAACCAUGACACUGAGGAAUAUGUGUCCGUCUCGCAGGCUCCGAUUUGUGUCGAGUAUAAAGUCGCUUUAGAUAAGAAUCUUGGACAUGUCGUAGAUUCGGGGAAGAUAUAUACCAGCUCUGAUAUCGACUACACCGUGAAGGUAGAAGCGAUCAAUCUCAAACCUUUCACCACCUACUACUACCAGUUCAGCGUUUGCAGCUCGAACAACAAGAGUCCUUUGGGGAGGACUAAAACAGCGCCUCAUGCUGAUGACGAUGUUACCAAGGUUGGACUCGCCGUGUACUCUUGCUCGAAUUACCCAUUCGGCUUCUUCAAUGCUUACGGCAAUCCCGUCCGAAAGGACUCUGUCGAUUAUGUGAUCCACCUUGGAGACUAUAUUUAUGAGUACAAAAAUGGCGACUACGGCUGGGGUCAAAGCAUUGGCCGUAUUCCUCUACCUGAUAGGACAAUCCUCACUCUUUACGACUAUAGGAAGAGGCUUGCCACCUACCGUACAGACCUCGACCUCCUUGCUAGCCAUCAGCAAUUUCCCUGGAUACCUGUCUGGGAUGACCACGAAGUCGCAGAUAACACAUACCGAGAUGGAGAAUCCCACCUGAACAACACCGAGGAUUCCUUCGUCACUGAAGGCGGUAUGGCUGUUGAACAACGCAAGAUGAACGCAGUUCGUGCGUACUUUGAAUGGAUGCCGAUUCGUCAAGUCGAGAUGGAUGACAACCUCCGAAUCUGGCGUUCUUUCAGCAUUGGCAAACUCUUCGACCUGAUUAUGCUCGAUACACGCCAAUAUGAUCGCUCUAUCACUGAUUUAUACUGGAAUACGGAUUACGUUCAUAUCAUCUCGCAAGACGCGGGCCGCACACUCAUGGGCUCACGCCAGGAGAACUGGUUCUACAACCAACUCACGCAUUCCGCGAAACGCGGCGCCACAUGGCGCAUUAUUGGCUCUCAAAUAGUGUUCAGCCGCAUCAACGAAUCCCUCGCAUUAGGCAACCAGAAUCCACUCAACUACGACUCCUGGGACGGCUACCAAGCGAACCGAAACCGCACCCUUUCCCAUCUCUACAACAACAACAUCGGAAACAACGUCUUCCUCGCGGGAGAUAGUCACGCCUCCUGGGUCAGCGACCUGGUCUGGCUGGGCGAGAAAUCCUACAAUAAAGAAACAGGGGAGGGAAGCAUCGGCGUUGAAUUCGCCGGCUCCGCUGUCACAUCUCCCUGUCCAUACGGAGCUAAUAUCUCUCUUGCAACCGCAAACAACUACUCCACCUGGCUACAAACCGCAAACGAUGAGCUGCAAUGGCAAGAUCUGUACUAUCGCGGCUACUACGAACUCCACAUUAGCCCGAAGGAACUAACGGCGAACUACUUUGGUUUGCCGACCGUAGUGAGUAGGAAUGGGUGGGAAAUCCCGAUUGCGAAUUUCACAGUUAAGGCAGGGGGGAACAGGCUACAGAGGCCGGUUGCAGGAGGUGUGGUGGAGAGCGGGAGUUUGAAGGGGGGGAAGGUGGUCGAAAGCAAUAGAACAGUGGAUACGGGGAAUGGGACGUGGUUCGUGAGUAACGCAAAUUUGGCCGUAUUGUAGGUUAGGGUUGGAAUGAGAGAUGCGAU